AUGGUUCCUCAUCGAAGCGGAACACUGCUCGCGAUCAUCAUCUUCGUCGGCUUACUGCUCUUUAUCUUCUCGAGUCCUCCCUCGACAGAUCCUGCGACAGGAGAACCGGUCUCCGGGCCCGCCAAAUACGUUCCCCGACCGCAGCUGCCGUCGUGGGGAGGCAUUCACUUCCCCUUCCAACCCAGCGCCCACGUACGGCCCAAGGAGCAGAAGAACAGUACGAGCGGGGAGUCGAAAUGGUACAGCGACUGGACAUGGCUCUAUCCGUUCUCCUCGUCGAUUACGCUGGACGAGAACCGCUCCGUGCUGCCGCCGCUGGCAGAUCGCCCCGUUGUAUAUACCUACUACGAGCCGAACAAGGGGAAUGGUGAGAACGAGGAUGCCGACGCCAGGAUGCUUCUGGCGUGGCGUCGGGCCUGGUAUGCCAAGGGAUUUCGUCCGGUUAUUCUGAGCCAUGCCGAGGCCAUGGACAACCAGCUGUACGAGGCGGUCCAGAGGAUCAAACAGGACCCGACGAAAAAGUUCAGCCCCGAGCUGGAAUCGGACUUUUUCAGGUGGCUGGCUUGGGGACAGAUGGGCACCGGCUUGCUCGCGGACUGGCGCUGCUUUCCCAUGGCGAAAUACGACGAUGAGCUGCUGUCUUAUCUGCGCCGGGGGGCUGUUCCGACUCACAUCACCCGGUUUGAUCAUCUCGGGAACGGAUUGUUCGCCGGAGAGAGCAACGAGAUCAACGAGGCCAUAAAGGAGGCCAUCCGGCAGGUGGACGAACAUUCUAAUUCGAUGCUUGAGUUGAUCCCCGCCGAGCACUUCAAGACCGAGAAGUCGACUUCUCUGGCCUUCUAUAGCCCCUCGAUGAUCACAAAUCAGUAUCCCAUGCUGGCCGAGAAGAUUGUUUCGUCGCCCUCCGAGGGCAAACGAGCUCUCGUCGAUAUGGUCAACUCCCACCUCCAUAACACGUUUCAAAACAGCUUCCCGGCAGGCAUUGCGGUCCUGAAACCCUUCCCCGAGAAAACCACAGCGCUUAUCGAACCGUCGCUACGACUUGCAAAGGCCCUGGUCCGGUGUGCAGAAUCGGCAGACUUGUCCACCUGCCCUCCGAACAUCCCGGCCUGCCACGUCUGCAGCCCAAGCAACCCUGUGCGCAUCAGCCAGCCUGCGCAGUACAAAAACACGACCCAUGUUUUCACUAUCGGCACUCUCCCUCACCCGUAUACCCUUCUCAGUCUGCAACAGAACUCGGAGGAAGUCACCACUCGCCACAUCCGUCGAGAGACGGCACGGGACCCCUGGCUGACCGAGGUGACGAAAGAACUUCUGGGCGAUGAGAUGGGAGGAUUUUCGCGAUCCUCGGUCUUGAAGAACGCGGUCGCAGGUGAAAUGGCCAUCGGUAACUCGGUCUGGCUGACCGUCGAGUCCUUGCCGUCCAAGGCCGGCGAGUCCCUUCCUCCUGACAGCUUGGAUGAAUUAGAGUGGCAGUUGGGAUUCAAGAUUCCACGCGACGACCAGACAGAUGCCAAGAAGGAAGAAGAAGCGCGCAAGAGCGUCACAGACCCCAACCCGAGCAAAGCAGGUAUCGAGAGAGAGUAUGAGCUUCUCGACAAGGCCCGGGAAGUCAUGAAGACCAAAGAUGUCAACAGAAUCGGCAUCAAGGAUGUAGCAGAGGCAUGGAACCUAGCUGAUACGGAGGUGUGGCGUUUCGUUAGGGCAUACCGAGCCCGGAGCAUCGUUGAACGAAAGAAAUGGGAGGAGGAAGAAAAGUAUUUCGCUGGUCCCAAGCUUGCAGUGUAG